AUUAGUGUUCAUUUUCUUGUAAUCAAGGAUUAGAAUAUUCAUGAAUAUGUCAAUAUAUCAUAAAUCUAACGGUUCAAUAUCAGGAUUAAAUAUUCAUAGGUAUAUUUAAUAUCUUUUUUAUAUGCUCCAAUGCUUCUUUCUCUCUUUCUUUUUCUUUUUUUUUUCUUUUUGGUGAAAAGGAACGUGUCAAGCACACGAUCUUAUCAUGAACGUAUAUAUAUAUGUAUAUAUAUAUAUAUAUAUAAGUGGAAUGGUUUUGGAUGAUAUAGUCAACUUCCCUCAAUUUUGCUUUGUGAUAUCUUUUUUUAUUUUCUUCAUACCAAAUUCCAACUGCCCACAUAACCAAACUCCAAAUUCAUUUCCAUAUUGGGUCUUCCUUAGGUUUUGCCAGAGGAUUUGGUAACCUCUAACCAUAGCUUAAUAUAGGCUGUAUCACAAAAUGAAACCUUUUUUCAUUACUUUAGACUGUGCAUCCGACUAAAAAAAAUGAGUUAUUAUAAUUCUAGUUAUUAUACUUAACUUUGUAAUGGUUUGUGUUUGAUGUGACUUUGAAACAAUAAUUCCAUAAGCAAAGACAUGGUACUCUUUGACUUCAAAGAUAACCCCACUUUUAUUGAUUAGUAAGUGAUAGUUGUCAGGUUCGUAGAAUGGCCAAGGAAACCAACUGAAUCCACUUUCGUGACAUGAUCGAAGUUCGAUCCACUACUUUGAGGAAAGAGAUGAGACGAUCUACCCAUCUUCAUAGAGUAUAUCAUCUAGGAAGUUCCCCCUGUCUUUGGAGUGGAGUUGUUAUGCUCUCUUGUGGGUUUUUCAGCCACUAAAUUUCACCAAAACAACAAUGCAUAGCUUUUGCAUUGCAUAUUAAUAGCUCCAUGGUGCACACUGUCUAGCCAUGCACAUUAAGCUUUCCAAAGAAAACCACUUCUCAAACCUUCAUAAUCCAAACAACAUCUAACCCUUCAAGAAAGAUGAAGGCUGUUGCCAGCGACUCGAGUGAGCUAAAGAGUUCCAAACUCAAACCAGGGGUGAACCGUGGUUUAUCGAUAUUCGAUUUUAUCCUAAGGUUGGCUGCCAUUGUUGGAGCAUUAGGAAGUGCAAUAGCUAUGGGAACAACCACCCAGACUCUUCCAUUCGCCACACAGUUUAUUCAGUUUAGAGCUGAGUAUAAUGAUCUUCCUAUGUUUACCUUCUUUGUUGUAGCCUGCGCCAUUGUAAGUGGCUACUUGGUUCUAUCUCUGCCUCUUUCUAUAUUCCACAUCUUGAGGAGCAGAGCACGCGCGACAAGAGUUGUGCUGGUAUUCUUAGACGCGGGAAUGAUGGCUCUUUUGACAUCUGGGGCUUCUGCAGCGGCAGCCAUUGUGUACUUAGCACACAAAGGAAAUGGCAAGACAAAUUGGCUAGCUAUCUGCCAGCAAUUUAACUCGUUCUGCGAGCGAACCUCUGGCUCUUUGAUCGGAUCUUUUGUAGCAAUUGUUCUACUUAUGAUUAUGAUUUUCCUGUCUGGUGCAGCACUGUCUCGUCGCCAUUGAAAGUAGUAUCUCAUCAUCACAACCUUGCAAGUUUAUGAGAACUACAUCUGGGUCUUUUAAUCUGCAAAUCAUAGUUCAUAUAUGAAUUUGAGUGUGAAAAAAUCUCUAGAGGUCCAACUUGUCUUUGUGUGGAUGAUGUAUUUUUAUUUCUACCGAGUGAAUGUAAGAAUGAGCUUCAGUUUGUAAUGAGAACCGUAUGAAUACUAUAA